AGAAUGGCUGCAGAAAAUCACUCUACAGUGGUGGAGUUCAUUAUCGGGGGAUUAACCAAGAGACCAGAGCUCCAGCUCCCCCUCUUUCUCGUCUUCCUUGGGAUCUACUCCGUCACCGUGAUAGGGAACCUGGGCAUGAUGACAUUAAUUGCUCUGAAUGCUCAGCUUCACACCCCUAUGUACUUCUUCCUCAGCAAUCUGUCACUCAUGGAUCUCUGCUACUCUUCUGUCAUUAUCCCUAGAAUGCUGGUGAACUUCUUGUCAGAACUAAACAUCAUCUCCUAUGCAGGGUGCAUGUCACAGCUCUACUUCUUCCUAGUGUUCGUCAUUGCUGAGUGUUACAUGCUGACAGUCAUGGCCUAUGACCGCUAUGUUGCCAUCUGCAGGCCUUUGCUUUACAACAUCAUCAUGUCUCAUCAUGUCUGCUCCCUGCUGGUGGCUGUGGUUUAUGUAAUAGGGCUUAUUGGCUCAACAAUAGAGACCAGCCUCAUGUUACAACUGCCCUAUUGUGGGGUCCUCAUCAGUCAUUACUUCUGCGACAUCCUCCCCCUCAUGAAGCUCUCCUGCUCUAGCACUUAUGAUGUUGAGGUGAUAGUCUACUUUGAGGCUGGAUUCAACAUCACAGUCACUGGCUUAGCAAUCCUUGUCUCCUAUGCCUUCAUCUUCUCCAGCAUACUCCGCAUCAGCACUACAAAAGGAAGGUCCAAAGCCUUUUACACCUGCAGCUCCCACCUUGCAGCUGUGGGCAUAUUUUAUGGAUCUACUGCAUUCAUGUACUUAAAACCCUCUACAGCCAGUUCCCUGGCCCAGGAGAACGUGGCCUCUGUGUUCUACACCACAGUGAUCCCCAUGCUGAACCCCCUCAUCUACAGUUUGAGGAACAAGGAGGUAAAGGCUGCCAUGCAGAAAACACUGAGGAGAAAAGUGUUUUGA